AUGGAAAAACAUCGCAAAAACUCCGGAAUGUGUGAAUCGCUUGCACCUACUCCGUGCAAGUUUCUGCUAUCCUUUUGUGGAGCUGGAAUGCUCUUUCGCAGAUUCGAGUGGCUAAGGAAGAAUGUGCCCCUGCAAACUCAACUGGACCAAACUUGGAGGAUCACACUUUGCCCAGGGCGUGUAAAUGACCAAAAGAAAAAGAACAAAACAAAAAAGCCGCGUUUGCAAUCAGAUGAUUGCACCGACGUAAGAGGGAAUAAAGCGCCGCUCAACAUCUCUCAGCGGCUAAAUCCGGCAAUUUGGAAGAAUGUCCGACCAAUACGACGGAUUUACUACCUUUACUUCCUAUAUGAUCGGCAAGCUGGUUGCAGGAGCAUCCCGAAUAGAAAUGCCCCACAGGAUCUUUUACCACUUGAUGCGUGUGUUGGCGCCAGAUGGCUUUUCUUCCUACACUUUCGGAUAGACCGAUUGAGAUUGUUUGCAACUGUUUCAGGAAACUUUACACGCCCAGCAAUCACAUAUCACCAUUGA